AUGGAGCGCAAUGAACUGCCCGUUGAUGCAUUUGAUGAUGUGGUGUUGGGCUGCGUGACCCAGAUCGGGGAGCAGGGUGGCAAUAUCGCCAAGGUCGCUGCGUUGUACGCUGGUCUCGAUAGUCGGGUAUCAGGGAUCACGAUCAACCGGUACUGCAGUUCUGGUCUAGACGCGUGUAAUUUUGCUGCGAUGAAGGUCAUCAGUGGUGUUGACGAUUUGGUGUUGGCCGGUGGCGUGGAAUGCAUGUCUCGGGUCGCCAUGCUCAGCGACAAGGCAAGUUUUUAUACUGACCCUGAGACAAUCAAGGCGGCUCGAUUCGUGCCGAUGGGGCUAGCGGCAGAUUUGAUUGCUAGCCUCGAUGGUAUCUCGCGGCAAGAGUGUGACGCUUACGCGGUGCAGUCACAACAGCGCGCAGCACGUGCCAGUGGAGCGGGCUAUUUCGAUCGCUCUUUGGUGCCGGUUAGCGAUAGCGAGGGGAACGUAGCGCUCGCGCGCGAUGAGAUCAUUCGUGGCAGCGUAACUGCAGAACAGUUGGGCCAGUUUGAGCCGAGUUUCGUUGAUUUUGCAACUCACUAUGAGAAGCCGUUUAAGGCUGCAUUUCCGACAUUGGACGAACUUAAGUUCGUUCAUCACAAGGGAAACUCUCCCGGGAUGGUUGAUGGUGCUUCAUCGGUCCUGAUCGGAACGGCCGUUGCUGGCGAGCGGGCUGGUAUGAAGCCGCGCGCACGAGUCAGGGCGAUGAAGAACGCCUGCGGCAGUGAACUGCUUGGCCUUACUGGAGGCAUCGAAGCUGCGCGAGCAGCGCUGACAGCUGGAGGGAUGCAGUCAGGCGACGUGGGGCUGUUCGAGUUCAACGAGGCAUUCGCCUCAACCAGCAUCAAGUUUCCGCGCGAGCUAAAGGUAGACCCCGAGAUUGUCAACGUCAAUGGUGGCGCGAUUUCGCUGGGGCAUGCGAUGGGCGCGACCGGUGCCAGUUUGCUAGGUACUGUGCUGGACGAACUCGAGCGCCGCGACCUUGAAGUCGGGCUGGUGGCUAUCUCAGGCGCUGCCGGCAUCGGCACAGCGACAAUCAUUGAACGGGUUUAG